CGGAGGGGGGUCCGGAGGGGGGUCCGGGGGACCAUGGCCGGCGAGGAGCUGGCCCACAAGCUGCAGCGCAGGCUGAGGCUGCAGGAGCGGCCGGGCCCGGACCCUGCUGCGGAGGGGAGCGGCCCGGAGGGCGCCCCGGAGGAGGGGGAGGAGGGCGGGGAGGGGGAGGGGGAGGAGGAAGGGGGCCCCCCGGCCAAAGCCAUGACCGCCAACGCCGACCAGGAGCUGAGCGCUUUGCUGAGCCGCCGGCAGGGCAUCAACAGGGGGGCCGCCCCGCCCCGACACUCCCGGGUCUUCAACCCCUACACCGAGUUCAAGGAGUUCAGCCGAAAGCAGAUCAAGGACAUGGAGGCCACCUUCAAGAGGUAUGACUCUGGAAAAGACGGCUACAUCGACCUGAUGGAACUGAAACUGAUGAUGGAGAAACUAGGAGCCCCUCAAACCCAUCUGGGUCUGAAAAAUAUGAUCAAGGAAGUGGAUGAGGACUUUGAUGGCAAACUCAGCUUCCGGGAGUUUCUGCUGAUUUUCCACAAGGCUGCAGCGGGUGAACUUGAAGAAGACAGUGGGCUGAUGGCUUUAGCCAAGCUCUCAGAGAUUGACGUGGCCCUUGAAGGUGUAAAAGGAGCCAAGAACUUCUUUGAAGCCAAGAUUCAAGCCUUGUCAUCAGCCAGUAAAUUUGAAGCGGAGAUAAAGGCAGAGCAAGAUGAAACGAAGCGAGAGGAGGAGGAGAGAAAAAACCGCAGAGCGGCCUUCAGGGAACUCAAAUCAGCAUUCACUCAGUAACUGCCCCCUGAUUGAACCGCCAGAGACUUACCUUAACUUCCACCAGCCGUGCCUGACAAGAGAGACCGUCUAACUCUGCAUAGUAUCACCCAGGGUGACCUGUCUCGGUCUGGAAGCCCUGGGUACUUCAUCCUUCUAGACAUUCCCUUCCCUUCAUUUGGAACUUUAUAGCCUGGUGAUGCUUAGAGGAAUUGUGGGAGGGAUGGGUUAUUCCCUUCAUGAAAAACUCAUGAGGGAAUGGAGAGAGACAGCCAGGUACCCUUUUUAUAAAAGGGCGAUUGCUUCCAGAAGUUUCCAAAAUUCUCCCUCACUCGGCAUCCACUUCCUCAUCCUACCAUUAGAUUCGGGAUUCUGUCCUGGAACCGGACAUGGAUCGCUGUUUUUUCCUUGGAGAUUUUACUUUCCCUCAGCCUCAUUUCCUUCAUUUUUAUCAUUCCAGAGAAAGAGCGUUUUAUCUGUUUGGUAAGCAGGAUUUAUAAAUAUUCCCUUAUUCUAUUUUCUAUCUAGGAUUGACUAUUUUUCUACAGUUCAUUAGAGCCCUGUGGCUGCCACAGGGCGUAUUUUUUCCCCCCACUUUUUUUUCUAAGUCUCCUCCUCAAUCUUUUCCCUUGCUACAUUCUCUUGAUAGCCUGUAUUUGAAUACCCAUCCUUCCCGGGCCCUGUUGCAUCUCCCAAGGAUUGUAGAGCGCUUUCUUUAAAGCCAGACUUGCUCUUUCCAUCUCCAACACUAGAAUAGUCGGUGAUGGGAGGGAUGCAAGCACCAGGAAGCAUUUUCACCCCCGCCCCCCAGUACCAGGUGCUUCACAGAAUGGAGGCUGGGAAUGGAGGGGUGAAGGGAGGACAGCAGCUGCGAGAAGAAGUCAAAAGAACAAGUGUCCACUGGCUCCCCCGGCUCGGACUGUGAUAUCUAAGUCGGAUCUUUCUCUGAGGGAGAGCUAAAAGUCAGGGGGGGAUCUAGGCCUUCCUUCCCUGGAGCUCUGCCCCACUUGGGCAGAUGUUUCACACGUGCCCUGUUGCUUCUGGAGGCUGUUAGGAGUGGAAAUCCCAGCAGUCUGCCGGCCAUUGUGCAUGCCUGGUAGCCCCCAAGUUCUCACCCUUCAGCCCUCUAGUCCAAAACAGAGGAUGUCCUAGGGAUGCUGAAUAGGCAUCCAACCCACUGGGGUUGGGUUUGGACCUGGCUCCAGCAGGUAGAGGUUGGGCCCUAACUGGGGCUGACUUCACGGACUCCACUGGGCAAGACUAAGCCUGAAAUGGCUCUACCUUCCCUGCAUUUUUCGCCCAUCCCCUUCUCUGCUCUCAAGCAUAUGGACACACAAAAACUCUCUCUCUCCCUUUCUCUCUCUGUCUCUGUCUCUCCCUCUCCCUCUCUCCUCCCCACCUCCUCUCCAUCUUCAAUGGAGCCAGCUCACUGAGUGAGCAUCAUAAUAGAAAGUUUUCUGAGCUGGGCACAUACACAAACCUCCCUCCUCCUAUUUCUCUCCCUCCAUCUCCUCCCCAUCUUCAGUAGAGCCAGCUUACUCAGUGAACAUCAUAAUAUAAGACUUCCUGAGCUGGACUGUGUCCCUCUCCCUCCUCCCCGGCCUUCUUCUCCCCCCUUCCCUCUCUCUCUCUUCCUCCGUCCUUCCCCUCCUUCCCAUUUUCAAUGGCACCAACUCACUGAGUGAACAGUAUAAUAGAAGACUUCCUGAGCUGGGUGGCUGGAAGACUCCUAUAAAAAGUUGUUGAAACCAGUAAUCACCUCUCUAGUUAGCCCUUUCAUGUUUAUGCUACCUAGGCAGUUAUAAGAGUACUCCUCUCUCCCCUGAGCUCCUGAGCUACAUAUGCAAAGCUAACUCUGAGCCCAAACCUCUUAUCGUGUGAGUUCUGUCCUUUGAUCUAUUUGCCCCGCUGUCUGUGAAGGGCUUGGACCCAUCUCUGUUCUGGGGGGGGGGGACUGUUAGCAUGGGAAAAUAAUUUUUAAGAGGUGGAAGAAUCACUAAAUCACUACUAAAACUUUGUUUAUGUAUCCACAAAUUAUAAUAUUUUAUAAAUCACGCUUUUCAGCUCCAUAUUUAUUACGAAAUGGGUUUUGUACUUCUGUUUUGUAAGUGCCCCCUUAAUAAUAAUGCAGAUGAGUGUAUUUCUUCGCUGUACUGUUUUUCUUGCUAAAUAAGUUGUGCAAAUAAAACUAAAGUUGCACCAGUGG